CGCUGAACUAAUCAACGGGCAUUGUUUUGUGCACGUGAUUAGGUUACCUAGCAGCAAAAGUAAUCAUCUUUGUAAAUCUUUUGCUAGUUCGCCAUGUUUCGACAGUACCAAAACAAAUUUUAUGAAUGAUUAACGAAAAUCAAGGAAAUAAUGAUAAUUUUGGAAUAGGGGACAACAUUUUAAGUGGACGGACUAAGUGAUGGCAGAUGAUGGUAGGAAUGUACCUGAUGUACCACAGACAGAAGUAAUUGAAGAUGAUGCUGUAUUCUCCACAUCAACUGACAGAACAAUUGGAGAAAUACCACCACCCAAUCAGCAGGAAUUUGUCCGUCGAACAUCCAGUCUUACUGUUGAAAAUGUCAAAAAACUUGAAGAAGCUACGAUCCGUGAGGACAAGCGGGAAUCGGAGCAAAGAUCUGCAAGCCCUACAAAAUCAUUCCUAGAUAAUGUGAACUUGAGGAAUUCCAGUCCUCUUGCACCUCUCAGAAGUUCUUCCAGGGUUGCAGGAGAUGUUGAGGACAGUAAGCAAAAUGGUAUCCUCAGUGGUGCCAGGCAGGCAAGUCUACCAGACUUGGUAUCAGGUGGAGAGAUGAGGACGGGUAGUCCCAAGCCUCUACCACCAAUCAGAAGAAAUGAUGAUGAAGCUGGAAAUGAUAAUUCUGUCAGUGAAAAGACAAAUGACAGUAAUAUAAACCGAAGACAAAGUCAACCAAGAAUCCUAAGUUUUAGAAGAGAGCUUCCAAUUGAAAUGUGUGAUGAUUCUGCUCUGUCCAACCGCUCUGACAAGACUCCGGACAGUGUUGUUUCAAAAAGAACAGAGAGGUCCGUAUCUUUCAAAGACGAUCAUGAAAUGCCAAAUAGUAAGGACUCACAGAGACAGAGAGAAAAAUUAAAAUCCCCAGCAGUGCGGGAGGUAACGUGUACAAAAGAUGACCAAGGCAAGGAACAUGUCCUUGUGUCUGUUGCCACAGAAACAGAGUGGAGCUGGUUUGAGAGUAUGAAACUUGCUGGUAAAGAUGAUCUACACAAAAAUGACGGUGGAGAUCAAUUUAAUGAUGAUAAAUGUAAUAUCCAAUCUCCAAGUGGUGUAGUCCAGAAGCCCAGAAGUCAUAAAUCGUCAGUAGUUUCAAGUGUGUCUGAUACAACUGAUUUAGAAACUGCCUUAGUUGUCCAACAUAAUGCUAAACUCAAGACAACAAAAGAUGGAUAUGAUGAGAAAGGUCUUCCACUACUAGAACUUGACUCUGAAUCUGAGGAUUCUGAUGAUGACAACCUAUUUGGUGGUGUGGAUGACCUCUCCGAACUUGUACCUAAAAUUGGUCCACCAGUAAUUCUAAAGUACCAAAGAGAAUCUGAGAAGAACCUCAUUAAAAUGAAGCAUCCGGUGAUCUACGAGGAGCGAAUGUUAUCACCAGAUUCGUUGGCCCUAAGUGAGGAAAUAGACGGCAUGUUUAGUGGACAGUGCGAGUUCUGUACCAAAGACAUACAGCCCUUCCCAACUCCAGAAAUGCUGGAUGCAUUUCCGGAAAAGGAUCUUUACUGCUGUAAUGACUACCACAAGUUUGUUGAGUUUACAAUGACGCACAGUCCCGAUGCUCAAUUCCCAGUGGAGGAGCUUAUAGACAUAUCCCCUCAUGCUCCGUUCGGUAGCAAACAAGCUCGUCGAGCUGCUAAGGAACGGGCUGCUCAAAGGAUGCGGGAACGGGAGAUGGCCAGACAGAAAGCAGCUGGAGCAAAUCAAGCCAAUUUCUAUGCAUUACAAGUUGCUAGACAAAUGAAAACUAUCAACUACUCUUUGUCAUCACAAAAAUACAUUGAUGAUGGCUGGACACUGAGACCUUCGACCCCAAGCGAUGAUGAACUCAAGACGCCAGAUGUAUAUGAACCGGAGCCAGUUAUACCCUCAGCCUUUAGGAAUAUGAAAGAAAGCCAACGGAAGGUGACCUUGAUUGAGAAGACUUAUGAAGAUGGAAAUGCGUUCCUUAUCAUGUUCCCAGAUGGAACUGGCACUGUUUUCUAUCCGUCUGGCAACCCUGCUAUUCUUAUAACCUCAACUGAGGAAGGACAGUUUACAUACAUCAUUCAGGAGGACCGUCCCAUAAAUCAGGCCAUCUUGGCUGUGUUUGAACCAACAGGUCAUGGAACAUGCUACCAUCCCAAUGGCAAUGUCAAGUUGAAUAUGAAUCAGUUUGGUGGAACGUUCCUUGAUAGCCAAGGUGCUAGGAAGAAGCGAUGGUCAUGGAAGGACCAAACAACUCACGUACACGCCCCACCAUUCCAACCCAUUUGCUUUGCUAUCUCUAAAUAUGUGAGCCUAAGAUGCCUAGCUCAGGACCAGAUUGUGCUGUUGUUUAGCUGUGAUAAACGCAGUGUGCGGUUUAAUGUAGGAGUUAAGCUGAAGCUAAUUGCACCUGAAAAUAUUCCCAUGAAGGAUGUUGAUGAGGACGCCCUGUACAUUUCAGAAGUCAGAACUUAUGUUCGAUUGGUUAUGGAUAAAGUCGGUAACAUGUUGAAGUUCUCCAAGUCUCCAAAAUUGGAAAACAUUCAACCUCCACUGAGGAUCCAGCACAACGUUAUCAGGAACGAGAAAUUAAAAGGGCAAAAGGUCAACCGCAAAGUGGACAAGAAACAAGCUCUUGUUAAAGUCAACUAAGAGGCAAUAGAAAUUAAAUAAUGUGAAUUGUGACAAUUAUAGAAAUAAAAUAAAGUGUGUAUUUCGUAUAAGUUUAAAA